CUCUUUGGUGUACAUGUAUAAUGGCGGCAAGCUAUGGCGAACUGAGAAGUGGUAGGGAAGUGAAUUUUAUCGUUGAAUUUUGUGUCCUUAGGAUAUAAAGCAUGGAUAUUCGGAGGAUUACAUCGAUGGAACUUUCGGAACUUUCCGUCUGCCUCAUUUUAAUUGUAUUCUUGACUGCAGCUUUCUCCCAGGAUAUCACAGUACCACAAGAACCCGUUGAAGUAAAGCAAGGAAGUAGUACCAGUCUGUGGUGUAAACUCAAAUUUGAUUCGGAAAAAGUAGUUCCAGUGACCUGGCAGUCUCCGCCAAACUUCAAAACGAGAACAUCCAAUUGUCGUACUUACUUACCAGAGAAAUAUCAAGUGUCAUGUUCAGAUUCUAUGAAUCCCUUUGGAUUUUAUAAUAUGACAAUAAAAGAUGUCCAAUGGGCAGAUAGAGGGGAAUACCGAUGUAUGUAUACCCGCCAUAAAGCCGUUGUGGAUUUACAGGUUUUGGUUCCGGUAACAAGCAUGAACCUGAUCCACGACUCGAACAGCACGGCUGACCCCCCGUUUUUGAGCAAGGGCACUAACGCAGUGCUAACCUGUAAAACAGCGUGCGCAAAUCCCGCACCCAAGAUUUCAUGGUUUGAAAAUGACCAACCCUUCAAGGGUGGUGCGACAGUAAACAAUACUGAUUCGGGUUGCACAGGAGACAAGGAAGGACAGAAACGGACUAUAAGCACGAUUACAGUACAAGGCAAAUACAUGGAUAAGGGGAAAAAAAUUUCUAACAUUUCUUGUACAGCAGAAAACGUUAUAGGGGAGCCAAAGAUUUCCAAGACGAUACUUAUCAGUUAUGAUGGGCCCCCUGGUGGCAUAGUUCCAAAAGACGGAGGGUCUACGUCCAAAGAUCUAAAUCCUGAACUAGGGCCUUCAACGCUUCGAGGUCCCUCAGCAGACGGUGAUGCCGCCACUGGUAAAAGUGUACAAGCAGGACCGCUAACACAAGCGGAAAUCAUCGGCAUAGCUGCAGGGGCUGGAGUCGGUUUACUCUUAAUCCUGCUAGGUGUCGCCUGUUUCUUUAAAAGUCGACGGUCAGCAUCGCAGAGUGAAGAGGAAGAUCCCAUGAAUAAGAAGCCACCGCCACCGCAGGACGUGUAGCCCCGAUUCCAACGAAAGAUGCCAUCACUCCCAAGCCCUCAAAAUCAGCAUACUCUUCUACCUGACGCGCGGGAUAUAGUCUUCUGCCAAUCUAUUGACUCAUUCUGGAUACUUCAUCCUGUCGGUCUCAUGGAAUUACAUCUGUUAAUUUCGGACUAAGUUUUUUGCAUGGGAUAUUUUCACAUUAGGAUCAAGUAUUCUGCAGUAUUUAUUCAAGGUUCUUGGCCCUGCCUGUCCAGGACAGGCAGAACUUUGAACAAAUUCUGGAUAUUUGACAAAGGUCUCAUGCAGUUGACGGAUAUAUGUUGCAUGAACUUUUAUAAUGAAAUGAAACUGAGAACGGUUGUGAUGACCUGAUCGAAAAAAUACAUUUGGAUACAGAGACUUAUCAAUAUAUGUGACUCUAGUCUCAAAAGGAUAUACAGUUUAGCACUAUUCUGUCUAUCAUGUUGCAUUUUGAGAGAAAAAAAUGGUUUUUCAAACUGAGGUGGAACACCUUUGAAGUGUCAGAAGAGCUUUGUACAUGUUACAUAUAGAAUAACAGCUAGAAUCUACAUUUGUACGACAUACAAUCCCAUCAUAUCAAUAACACCAAGAAUAAAUCAAGACUAGUCUUUAGUAAUUCUUGAUAACAUAGAUCUCGCAUGCAAUAACUAUAACUGCCAACAACCUACAUCAAUAGCUGCAUAUUAGGCAACUGACGACUCUGAACUAAGUCAUGAUAUCAUGAAUGCUGUGUGGAAUAUGACAUGUAUGAUGGCAUUCUCUCAUCAACCCUUUCGCUUGAGUAGGGUUUGGGCAGUGUGCCGUACCCGACCCUGGCCCACACCCGGUAUAGACCGAGCAGCCUGGAUCCCAACUUGGCCGAGCAAACGUUUCAUUGUAAAAUAGCUAGCAUUACCCAUUGUAGGGAUGAGGUCUGCAUUGAAUGAGUGCAGUGCUGCCAUCAAAUUGUUUUUGUGGCAAUGAUGGCUUCGAUUGGAUAGCAGCAGAGCUUGUUGUUUAUCUGAUCAAUCAGUCAGUCAAUUAGUCAAUAUUACAGUUCUACAUGUGGGGCACCUUGAUUAGUACACAGUUGCAAGAUAUCUUAAAUUCAUCAGUGAAAUGGUGUGUUGAACUGAUAUUCAAGUUUACAUUGUAAGAUAAGAGAGGAUUUUGUCUCCAGCAGGAUUUUGAGGUUAACCAGAUUUUGACCGUUUCAGAGGAGAUAGGAUGCAUAUUCCAGUAUAUAUACUGUUCCGAAUUGAAGAAGGUUUGCGCUGUCUUGCGAUGAUAACAUUUUGGGGUAUUUUGUCCACACUUGUUGAAACACCAAGUUUGGGACUCCUGUUCUAUUGGUGUUAAAGCAAGUGUUGCAUUGUGACAAGAGCCCUUGCUGGGAGAAGGACAAAGUGACACGCUGUUGUGGACAUAACAUUUGGAUUAUACAAUGUUGUCAUUUGGCCUCUCUGGUUCGCCUAGUUCAUUUCAUCUGAAGUUCACUGGAAUAACGUAUGAUACUGUUCCCGUCAACUUCAGAUAAGAUUUAAAUCGAUCAGGGACUUUGUAUCGAUGCCCUGUUCGACUUGAUUUGUGUCAGUUGUCUCGACCAAGGAAGAUUUUUCCAUGAUUUUACUCUUUUUGCCAAUAUUCGGGGAUUACUUCCGAUAGGAUUAUGUGUAUGCUCUCAUAAUUCAUAUUCAAGCCAUUUGUGUUAUUUUGUCUUUCUUUGCGAUUCUGCAAGACACAGGGAGUUGGAGAUAUACAUAUAGGGUCAUAGGCAAUGUGAUUUGAUAAGAGCGCGACCCAGUGUUUUUUGUGUAGAUAUUUUUUCUUCCUGAAAUCCGUCAUUUACUUGUAUAUUUUUAGUCAGAAACUUGGUGAAAUUUUUUCCCCUGAAUUUGCACUGCUAAAACAAAAAAUCUAUAACUAAACUGUGUCGCUUCCAUUUCUCCCAGUGAAAUAUUAAUAUACGUAUUAUUAUUAGCAGAAGAGUCUUGUUUUUUACACCGUCAAGGAAACCAGUGCUCCAGCAUACCUCUUUUUAAACCUGGGGUGUACACGGUGGGUUAAGGUAUCGGUUGUUGCCGUAGAAAAAUACGUGCUUACCUGGAGAGGAAAUGAUGAUACAAAGGAAACAGACAGAAGUAAGUUCAUUUUGAGGGGUGUAAGGCCCGCAUUAGUUAUUUUUAUCCGAUUGUACCCCUCCGACACUGUAAUGGGAGAGCCUUGUUUCUAUUGUGGUGCAAAGGUAUUUAAAACCAAUACCUUUACCCAUCGUGUAGAUUAGUUCCCAGAUUAAGAUGUUCUUGUAUAAGGAGGUCCUCGUGACGACCUAAAGGCCUACUAUGGGAGGAUGGUUCUCCCCAUGUUUAUCAUUUUAAAUUAUCAGUACAUGAAAGGAGUUUCGAAUUUUUGGUUUGAAAUUUUGUGUGAGUUUUCCCUGUGCAAGGCCAACUUGGUCUUCGACAAGGCUUGUUGACAAUUGCACGGAUAUUUAGUUGAAAUUUUCAGGGUCGAUUUGGAUCCAGUGAUUAUGCAAAUUUAGAAUCUAGAAAUGAUUGGAAGGGUGUCUUAUAUUUGGUCAUGUGUUUGGGAUUUUCAGCGGGGUGUGGAGACGAAGGUAUUGGUGGCCAUUUAUUGACGAUAAUGUUUUGCACAUGCAAGCAUCCAUCAGCCACUGAAGUCGUUCCCUGCGGGAAGGGGGCUAUUGAUGUGCUAGUACGUGUUUAGAACCAAAAUAGCUGCCGAUAUCACUCUUCUCUGCCCCUGGUGGGAAUCUCUGGAAUGAACAUUAUUUGCAUGAAAUUGGGAAUCAUUAUUCAUGAAAUUUGUAAAAUAUGUUCAAAGGAAUCGGCCAAUUUAUCAUGUUUAUGCCAAGUGAGAAGAAAUCUUUAGCUUGAGGAUGUUUUUGUAAAGCUUGUUUGUCUUAAAGACAUGGUUGGUGUUCAAUUUGUUUUGUCGAAAAUAUAAUAUUUGUAGCUCUAGUAUGAUACGCUUUAAGCCCCUGUCUUAUUAUUUGACGAUACAUCAAGAAGUGACUUGUGAAUCCGAGGUAGAUAAGAGGAGCUUGCCCAAAUCAAACCUAGCCAGACUUAGUCUGAUGCAAGCUUUGGGCACAGUGGCGCCUUGAAAUCUUUCUUGAAAUCGUACCUGACUUUUGUAUUAAGGCAUGAAUUAAAUGCCUUCAAAGUGAAAAGUUAAACUCUCGUUAAAACUAUGGAAUCGAAUUAUGUUGCAUAUUUCAUGUUCACGUUUGAAAAUUUCAUUUAAACAGAUGAGAUAAUGAAGUUCGUAAUCCAGCUUUGCUCUAUUAGAAAAAGUUAAUCUGCGCAUGGCCUCGCUAAUAUUUAACGCUCAUCACCCAUAACUACUAGAUGUGCCAGUUUCUACUUACUUAUAUCUUGCCAAUUUUUUUGCCUGGUCAAGAAGAUUUUAGUCCCUUUAUGCUGAAUUCAAACUCCAUUCGGAGCGUUAAAACAGUUAUAUUUAAAAAGAUCGCGCUAAUAUAGUUUUAACCGAAUGCGUUUCUUAGAGAGGAAUACAUUUGAAACCAUUGUUUUACUGAAAUUUAAAUUUGUUUGUAAAAUACUGAAAUUCGAACUGGUUCUCCAUAAGUUUUGCCAUUUUAGUGGAAUAUGAAAUAUGCUGAUGUCAGCAUUGACAUCUUGAAUCUUCAUGGAUUUUGUGUUAUUGUUAUGAAAUACCGGUACAGAUGUCUGAAAUACUGGUACAGAUGUCUGAAAUACCGGUACAAAUGUCUGAAAUACUAAUGUCGUGAAAUUGUCUCUGUCGAGGCGAGUCUUUUAAAUCUGUGGAUGGAAUCAUCGUUUCCGAUGUUAUCACAGCUUGUUGACAAUGUUUGUUAGUUUUAAAUAACAUUGUUUCAAUGUUAAUUGCACCCGUGGGAAUUAAACGUGUUGUGCUGGCAUCAGAAAAAAGUAGUUUCAGAACACUUACUCCAGAGUUGACCAUAGGCAUAGCCAUUUCGGUUAGAACUUGAAAUCCUAAAGCAAUAAGACCUCCUUCAAAUUGAAAUGAAUACCGAUUUCAAAGGUUGGGAUCUGUUCUCUGAAAAACAAACAUCUGACUCCCACCAUUGAAAUUGGCAAUCACUUUGGUUUGAAAAAGUUCUAAUAGCAUUCCGCGAAGAUGACGUCACUGCAGCUGCUGCCCUCUAUUUCUCCAUCGCUGAAUUACAGGCAAUGUCGGACAAACAUGCGGUUUCGUAAUGGAUUCAGGCUUUCUAACUAGGGCAGUUAGAUUCAAUCUGGCACAUGUCCGAGUGUUGGAAAUACUACAUAAUUGUUCUGAAUAUUUCUCUCUCUGACUCUAUGGUAUCAUUCAUGCUAAAAACAAUGCAGGGUCAAAAGUAAUUGACUUUGAAAUAAGCUCAAAUGCGUAGAAAUAAGUGUCGAUGUCCGACUGUCACGUGACUAAAACGUCAUCAAUAUCUUAUGCAAAUGACCUUGUGAGCUAUAAAUGGUAACUUCGCGGAAUGCUAUUGCUGUAUGAUUUCAAGUUUUAGCCAAAAUGGUUUUGCCAAGGCUAACUAGUUGUGGGAAUACUGGAUGAGCCAGCACUUGAUCGAGUUUUGAAAUCAGUAUCUGCUGCUUCUGUCUGUAAAUUAGACAUGAAGUUAAAGGGAACUGGAACCGCCGAGCGAUUUAUUAAACUUUUCGACUUUCACCGCCCGAGAAAGUCAAACUUCCAACGUGCUAUUCGAGUUUAGAUUUGUAGCUCCGCCCCCAAUGCCCGAGCAUGCGCAGUUCAAUUUGUUAUUAUUGAGAAUCAUGUGAG